CGAAUACACACACACACACACACACACACACACACACACACACACACUCAAUUAUGUUUUAAUUAAUGUUGUUUAAAACCAUAUCAUCUCCGAUCCAGCUCACUCAUUACAGUAAGGCAAUAAGCAUUUUCACAACAGCAACAACAAAAAGAAUGAAAGAAAGAAAAAAAAAGGAAAAGUUAUCAUCUGAAGGCGACUCUGGUCCUAUAAAAAAGCACGUGGUCAUCCUCCGUUUCCUCGUGGUCGCUCCCGUAUUUUUAUUGACAUUUCCUUUUAUAGAAGCUUGUGUGAAGUGUGACCUCAUUUCUGCGGCCGAUGGCAGUUUACAUUCGACGAACUGUUGUUUCAAUUAAUUCUUUUUGAAAAAGAACUUCACUUUCAUUUUGGACGAAAUGCAAUUUAAAGGAACUGGGAAUAUUUUGCGGUGGUUCCGGAACGCAAAAGCCGCACUUCACCGAAAAUAAUUUUCAAUUGUGUUCCCACUUCGAAGCCGAGAGCUGGGUUUUGUUAACGCAUGCGCAUUCAAUAAUAACCUGACGUUAGUCGGGUGAAGUGACGCGAAUAAUAUUUCAGACCAGGAAGUAAAUUCACUUUUUCGCAUUGCUGCCGCGACUACUAUGGAUACUGUAAAUGUAAAUGGUAGUACAUGCGCCCAGUUCGAUUUACCAACCGAGGAAGAUUUAAUGAAAUGUUUCGAAAAAUAUGACAUGACACAUGAAAAGCGAGGUGUUGCCUACAUUUUCAACGUGAAAAAUUUCAGUGACCCAAGACUUGAAACUCGUCACGGCUCAUCGAAAGACACAAAACAUUUUAAAAAGGCUUUAGAAAAUCUUGGAUUUCAUGAAGAUGAUAUCAAUGUAUUUACAGAUUUUACAGCCAAAGAAAUGCUCGGGACUUUAGAAGAUUUGGGCCAAAUCGAUCCUAAAAUUAAUAUUGAUUGCUUUAUUUGUGCGAUUCUGAGCCACGGUAAAGGAAACGAUAUUAUACGUGGAUACGAGGGUGAAGUUGAGCUGGACGAAUUGCUUUCUUGCCUGAGACCCGAUCGCUGUCCAUCUCUGACAGGAAUACCUAAAUUAAUAUUUAUUGAAGCAUGUCGUGGAAGCAAGAUUGAUGAUGGAGUCGAAAGAAAAGAUGCCGAGGAAGAAGAAUCUGAAAGAAAGCCACCGAAAAUUCCAAUCAUGGCAGAUAUGUUGGUUUUCCAUUCGUCGUCUGAUAAAUAUCCGUCAGUCAUUCAUAAACGUAAGGGUUCGUGGUUUAUGCAAACUUUAAGUAAAGUUUUGGUGAAAUAUGGCACUGAAUAUGAAAUCAUGAAACUGUUAACUGCUGUCUGUAAACGUGUUGGCUCUUUGGAAUUAAGAAAGUUGGAUAAUCUGGAAUACGAUAGCUGUAAACAAAUGCCUCAGAUUAUGUCAACAUUGCUCAAAAGACUAAAGUUUGAACCGAGGAAUUAAAAUAUUUCAGUUAACAAAAGCAAAGGUGUAUAUUUUAGGAAUUCAUACAUCUACAAAUAAAUAAAAUAUUUUCACAUGUAACACCCACAACAUAGAUUCAUAAAUAAAUAAAUUUGUUUCCAACUAAAAAAAUCCUAAUAUGACUACAAACUUGAUUUGGUUUAAUAAAUAACCUCUAACAUUUUGAUAUAUUUGACUAAAACUAUUUCCUGCCAUAAGUUUUACUAAGAACUCCGGUGCUUUCUAGGAAUAUUGUAAAUUUCAAAAUAAUUACAGUAAAUUGAACUAACAUUGUUUUAUAUACAACACAAAUUCUCUCAAAUGACAACGAAUUAAUAAAAUGUAUUAGCUUUUA